UUGUGCCGCCACACCACACAACAACACAAGACACACCAACCAAGUUCGCCGUUUCCAACUUUACUUCAAUUUUAGGACAAACAACUUCGUGAAUCUCGAUAUAUAUAAAGUGUACCUCUCCGCCACCCCAAUUUCAACUUCUAACUACAUUUCAAUUUCAUUACACUCUGACUUUCUUUUUCUUUCUCUUUCGAUCUUACUUCAACUAGGGUUUAUUCUUACCGGAAAACGAUCCAUCCAAGUCAGCCCUAGCAGUGGUUCUCUAUCUCUACCGAGCUGCCUUGCCAACCUCCAUUAAUGGGCUGCUUCAACUCUAAGCCGACAACACAGUUUCCUGUGAAGGAGGAUCCUGUCAUUCUUGCAUCACAGACUGCUUUCACUGUCAGCGAGGUCGAAGCAUUAUUCGAGCUUUUUAAGAGCAUCAGCAGUUCUGUUGUUGAUGAUGGACUAAUAAGCAAGGAAGAAUUUCAAUUGGCAAUCUUCAAGAAUAAGAAAAAGGAAAAUAUCUUUGCAAAUCGGAUCUUUGAUCUUUUCGAUGUCAAGAAGAAGGGAGUUAUUGAUUUUGAUGACUUCGUUAGAUCUCUCAACGUCUUCCACCCAAAUGCAGCAAUAGAAGACAAGAUAGAAUUCUCAUUUAAGCUCUAUGAUUUGCACAAUACUGGUUUUAUAGAGCGUCAAGAGGUCAAGCAAAUGUUGAUCGCACUUCUUUUUGAAUCUGAAAUGAAGUUGGCUGAUGACGUGAUAGAAACAAUUCUCGACAAGACUUUCAUGGACGCCGACCUGAACCAAGAUGGCAAAAUAGACAUGGUCGAGUGGCAAAAAUUUGUUUCUGAAAAUCCAUCACUGCUCAAAAUCAUGACCCUUCCCUACCUACGGGACAUAACAACUUCUUUUCCAAGUUUUGUAUUUAAUUCUAACGUGGAUGAAAUUGUUGCUUGAGAGCAUAUAAAUAUAGGUUUUGCAAUUAUUGAGAGAACACACAACAUUAGGUUCUCAAUUAUUUAGAGAAUUGGAUGUGUUUGAAUAGAUGACAAGCUUAUUAUAGUUAGCCUUUCUCAUUGAGUUAUUGUAAUUUGUAAAUCACAUUCUCAUUGAAAUUUGAGUCAGGUUUUCCUUGUAA